AUGGCUCGAGAAGUAUGUUUGGAGAUCAACGAAGAAGACGCUUUGAAAUGGAAUAAUCGAUUCAUUGAUUUGACAUUUGAGACGAAAGAUGAUGGGGUCCAGGUGCCCGUGAAUCUUACGCUCUCCAAAUUCGACGCCUCCACCACCGAUUCCACCCUUCCCAUCGUCGACCUAACGAAUUCAGAAGGCUCAUCGAUCACUGAAAUUCUCAAAAAACCAUCUGGAGUCGUCCGUCUGACGACUCCAACGAAGACAGCGACGUCGUCCCCAGUCACUACAGUAACCCCAUCGUCGACGGCGUCCAGUUUGACGUGUCUUUUCGAUAAACCAGCGACGAUCCAACCAAUGACCGUAUCCCAAAUGCCAAUGUCCGCGUUCCCAGCCAAUGCGAUAUUCGCUGCGGGACCCACCGAUAUCUCGUUGAGACAACUCUCCCUGGAUCCAAUGCCAGAUUAUAUGUAUGCAAAAUUGAAAGAGGAAUGCACUCUACCCGAUUCUCAAUUAGACACACCACCUGAGUUGGGAGCAUUCUACGCAGCGUUUAUCGACGAACGAUGGGAAAGGGUUCAGUGUAUUCGGGCGAGUAAAAUUGACAAACAAGCCUAUUGUGUGUAUCUUCUCGACGUCGGCGCAUUCCAAUACGUGCGAAAAGAAGCGAUGCGUCGUCUGAAUUCGACGUCUCCAUUCAAGAAGAUGCUCAUGUUUAAAUGUAAAAUUGGAGGCAUCAAACCGGUGACUGGCGGAGAAGUUUGGAGUCGAGAGUCACAUGAAGCAGUCAGAGAAUUCUUCGAAGCGGCGUGUGGGGAACCCGUUGUGGUCGAACCCACCCCACCCGGCUGGUCCCAAUGGAAACAACUCAACGCCCCCGCAGUUCCGACGUGUGAAGCCCGUCUCUCGUGUUGUGGUCGUGAUAUCGGUGACUGGUUGAUUGCGUGUGGAUUGGCACUUCCACUCAAUGCACCCGUUCCCAGUCCAAAUUCUCAGUCAUUGCUCACUUUCGUCCCACCACCCAUCAAUAUUGUUGGCGGACGGAUUUGA